GGGUGGGGGGGUCCCUUAUGGAAAUGAGACUACACUAAGAAUAAUAACAAUAAAAAAAUAAAAAUAAACGUUUUAGCGGGCCUCCCAUAUGGGAAAAUGACCUCUGUCGCAAGUGAUGACAUGUUCUUCAAGAAGUGCGAGCCAGAGGCCCUUGAGAAUGAAAGAACAGUAUUUUUGGAUGAGUUCUCUGGGAUAUGUUGACGUAAACGUAGGCAACCACAUUCUAGUGACUCAGACCAGCAGCAUGCUUACCUGUGGAUAAGAGUGAUCCCCGUGGGUUGAGUGUGGACCCCCACGUUCUCCCUGCUCCUUCUCCUGCCUUGGUUCCCAUCACCUUCAGCCCUACUGUCCACAUGCAGGCCAAGAAGAGGUACCUGCUCGUGUCUCUAGGGGCCUGUCUUCUUCUGGUUGCCUACUUGUGGGGACUGCAGAUUGGGGAGUUCCAUCACCAAAGCCACCACCAGCAACUGUACAGAGUCGCCCUGAGCCCUGGCCUACCCAGACAGCGUUGGCCUGAGUGGAUCCACCCGCUCAACACCUACCUGGAGGACGGAGAGCAGGAGGAGGACAGCCCUCUCCUCCACCACCAGCACACCUCUCCCCGGGAGAGACGGGAGGUCCGUAACAACAUCUACAAGAGCAAGAGGUGCCGCAUGGACACAUGCUUCGACUUCAGCCGCUGCCAGAGGGGGUUCAAGGUGUACGUCUACCCCCUGCUGAAGGGGGAGACGGUGUCUGAGAGCUACCAGAAGAUCCUGACAGCUGUCGAGGAUUCCCGGUUCCACACCACAGACGUCAACGAGGCCUGUCUGUUUGUGCUGGGCAUUGACACUCUGGACCGGGACCAGCUGUCAAGCCAGUACAUUCACAAUGUCAAGGCUAGAAUACAGAGCCUCCCUACAUGGAACGACGGAAGGAAUCACCUCAUAUUCAACCUUUACUCUGGCACCUGGCCCGCUUACACAGAGGAACUGGGCUUUGAUAUUGGCCAGGCCAUUUUAGCCAAAGCCAGCAUUGAUAUGGAUAACUUUAGGCCACACUUUGAUGUGUCCAUUCCUUUGUUUUCAAAAGACCAUUCUCAAAAAGGAGGGGACAAGGGUUAUUUGACACUCAACAAUGUCCCUCCAUCAAGGAAAUAUUUACUGGUUUUCAAAGGGAAGAGAUAUCUGACGGGUAUUGGUUCAGAAACCAGGAAUGCUUUGUAUCACAUUCACAAUGGGGAAGAUAUCAUUCUUUUGACCACCUGCAAGCAUGGGAAGGACUGGGAAAAGCAUAAGGACGCAAGAUGCGACAGGGACAAUGAAGAAUACUCAAAGUUCGACUACCAGGAGCUGCUUCAUAACUCCAGCUUCUGCCUGGUGCCCCGCGGUCGCAGGCUGGGCUCCUUUCGCUUUCUCGAGGCCCUCCAGGCUGCCUGUAUCCCUGUCCUACUGAGCAACGGCUGGGAGCUGCCUUUUUCCGAGAUCAUCGACUGGAGCAAAGCAGCUGUCAUCGGGGACGAGAGGCUCCUGCUGCAGGUUCCUUCAAUUACCAGAUCUGUGGACCAUGACAAAAUAUUGGCGCUCAGGCAGCAGACUCAGUUCCUUUGGGAUGCUUAUUUUUCUUCGGUAGCAAAAAUAGUAUUAACUACAUUAGAGAUAAUCCAAGACAGAAUAAAUUCACACGUAUCCAGGAACAAGUUGAUGUGGAAUUCGUUGCCUGGUGGACUGUACGUUCUGCCUCAGUUCUCCACGGAUGCUGCAGUGUUCCCCUUCUACUACUCCUCUCUGGGUAAGAUCCCGUCCCAGGAGUUCACUGCUGUUAUCCAGGCCGUGACUCCUCUCCAAUCUCAGCUGCAGCCCAUAGUCAAGCUCGUCAUCGCUGUUGCCAAAUCCAAGUUCUGUGCACAGAUAAUUGUGCUGUGGAAUUGUGACAAGCCUUUACCUCCGAAGAGCAAGUGGCCCUCCACCACCGUGCCUAUCACUGUCAUUGAGGGAGAGAGAAAGACAAUGAGCAGUCGCUUUUUCCCCCAUGAAGUGAUCCUCACAGAUGCUGUCCUCAGUCUGGACGAGGACUCGGUCUUGUCGACUAAUGAGGUUGACUUUGCCUUCAUUGUCUGGCACAGUUUCCCAGACAGAAUUGUGGGCUACCCAGCACGCAGCCAUUACUGGGAUGGCAGCAAAUCAAGAUGGGGCUACACCUCCAAGUGGACUAAUGAGUACUCCAUGGUGCUCACAGGGGCUGCAUUCUAUCACAGGUAUUAUCACUACCUGUACACUCACUACUUGCCAACCAGCCUUCUCACCAUGGUGGAUCAGAUGGCCAACUGUGAGGACAUCCUCAUGAACUUCCUGGUUUCUGCUGUCACUAAGCUCCCACCUAUUAAAGUCACCCAGAAGAAGCAGUACAAGGAAACCAUGAUGCAGCAGGGUUCUAAGACGUCCCGGUGGGCCGAUCCGGACCACUUUUCCCAGAGACAGACCUGUAUGAACUCAUUCAGCGGCUGGUUUGGGUUCAUGCCUCUGCUGCACUCCCAGAUGAGACUGGACCCUGUGCUUUUCAAGGACCAGGUCUCCAUCCUGAGGAAGAAGUACAGGGACAUUGAGAGGCUGUGAAACCCCCCCCACACACACACACACACACACACACACACACACACACACACACACACACACACACACACACACACACACACACACACACACACACACACA